AGUCGUCCAGCAAAGCAAAAAACAGCGAGUGUGGUACAACGCAACUUCUUUCGUGGAUCACUUUUCGACUCGGAUACGUGUGUUGUUUGCGCUUCGAGAAACGUCCGGCCUCGGUCGUCGUCCGUAGAAGAAGAAAAAUUGCCUUUUUCUGUUGAGAACAACCGUGUCAAUCCGCUGAGGGAACCACUCGUUUGCGGCAUCAUCAGGAACCAGGAGCCAGAGAAAACAAGACUUGACCACUAUUUUUGCUGUAACCAACCAGGGAGCACAAUUUUCAUCGCCCAAUAAAUUGCGCUUCUAUUGAAGAGAGAUUUGCACAUACUAGACAACCACCAACAACCAAACACAGCAAACAAUGGCUCCACAGCAGAGAAUCCGCAUGGCCAACGAGAAGGCCAGCCGCAACAUCACCCAGCGCGGCAAUGUGCCCAAAACGAACAAGACCGCUGAGGAAAAGUACCCCGUGGGACCCUGGCUGUUGGCACUGUUCAUCUUCGUUGUGUGCGGAUCGGCAAUCUUCCAGAUCAUCCAGUCGAUUCGCAUCGCGUAAUGAACGAGCAACAUCGCAACAAUUACAUCUCACACAUAACACACGUGUUUUCCAAACACUGCUGCUACUAUUACUAUUACUACUACAACAACCAUAGCAUGCAAACAAAAAGAGGGAAAAUAUUUCGCCAACGUCCGAGAAAAUCCUUUCUCCACUCUUGAUUUGUUGUUGUUGUUCGGGGUGGACCAACCUUGCCUUCCAAUGUAAUUCCUUUUGAUUCGCAGGGAGGACCGGGCAUGGGUCACCUUUAGCACACACAGACACACUGUUGCCACAUCAUGUAUAUCGGUUGGCAACAGCUAAGAAGGGAAACAACCAGCACACGUACACGCAAAUAUUCCAUUUUUUUUGGGUUGGCAGCAUUUACCACUUUCUUUUUUAGAUUGUAAAGCAGUCCAAUUCAUACAUUAGUUUGUUUUGACCAAAAAUUUGUAGAGAAAAAAAUCCGGAGCUUUGUGUCGCAGGUAGCUGAUACGAAUUGGAUAGAGCCCUUAUUUUUUUAUGAACGAAAUGGAUUGAAACAUAUGCAUACAAGAAGUUUAACAUUCACACCUACACAGUUUGUGCUUUCUCUUGCAAUACCCAAAACAAGGGGAAAAUGUAACGGUAUAUUAUAAUUAUCAUGUAAUACACAGUGUAAAUUUGACAACUUUAUACCUUUUUGAUUUGAUAUAUUUUUUUUUAGUAUUUCGUUUUGCUAGCUAAAGCAAAGUAAGUGAACGUGAUCGAUUUUCUUUUCCUUAGAUAAAAUUAAAAAUAUGAAAGACAUACAACACAACUACAGACACACACACAAACAAAAAACAAUUUGCCUAACAAUAAAUGGUGAAACAAAACCGACGAUUGUGACGAAUCCUCAAACUUUUCUUGAUACGAUACGAAUCACAACUGGGCCAGAAGGAGCAAAAUCGUUUGCAAUAAAAAAAAAACA